GAGGAAAAACAGGAAAUAUGGUGUCUAAAACGUAAGUCUCUUAAUUAACUUCUUGUUUAUUGAAAUGUAAAAAAAAAUCAAUAUCAAAUUUGUAAUCAUGGUAAUUUAUGGAGAAAAACGGCACUCUUCAUGUGAAAUAGAUGAACUAUAUGAAGUGGUAAAAAUAUAUACAUUUUCUGCCCCCAUAUCUUGAAUGUGUGAUCAUUCUAAAUGCAUCUUAAUAGACUGAAUCAUGCAGUGAAAGAACGCACUCUAAAUGCGUACACACACUUGUCCAGAUUUCACAUUAUGUAUUCGGGCACUCUGAGGGUGUGUUUUGAAUGGUUUUUGCAAAAUACUCGUUAAUGUCAAAUCGCACAUCUUUAAAACAACAAUUACGAUAUUAUCGCAGUCUUCGCAGAGGAUAUAUAAUCGCACACCCCUACAGUAUGGUUUUAAUUGUAUUCAUUUGUUGCAGCAAGCAUAGCAAAUUCACAAAUAUCUAAUUCCUACUGCACUCUUUAAAUGAUAAAAAGGCCACUUUCCACUAAAAAAAACUACUUGUUUAUAGGAAGAGAAACUCCUUUUUACGGGAAGAGAAGCUUAAAUAUUUGUAGUCCAAAGUCUCUCCAGACUGUUAAAUAAAUGCUGUUAGGUUUUCGUGAGGCUACAGGAAAGAAUCUCAAUCUCUAAUAUUCACAGAGAAGAAGCAACGAUGAAGCUGGAAAUAAGUAUAGUUUUACUGCUGUGUGUUUGGGCCACACUGGCACAGGAUUUAAUGACACCAACAUUAGACAUUCUUGGAGAACUCAAAAAGAUUAAAACCAUGGAGGAAAGGUUAAAUGCUUUAAAUGAUGAAGUCAGGGAACUAAGAAGCAAGAAUGAAGAAAGGGCAAAAGUAGCUUUUUCAGCCACACUGUCAUCUUCACUGGGCUCCAAAUAUUUUGGGCCUUAUGCAGAAGCAACCACUCUUGUGUAUGAAAAUGCAUUUACCAACAUUGGAAAUGCUUAUGACACUGAUACAGGAAUCUUCACUGCACCAGUAAAAGGAGUUUAUUUCUUCAACUUUGUGGUCUUCAAUCCUGAUGAAGAACCAACCGGUGUGAGACUGCUAAAAAACGGCAAUUCUGUGGUUACAGCAUCAGAUAACCCUCCCGGGCAAGACACUGAGGACACUACGUGCAACUCGGUUAGUCUUAUUCUUGAACGAGGGGACAAGAUAUAUCUUCAGCUCAUAGAGACCCGUCGUGUCUACACAGAUAGUUGGAGACGUAACACCUUCAGUGGACACCUACUUUUUACUAUGUGAAGCUUCUGCCCAUGUACAUUUCUGAUGAUACAGUAUGUUAGUCCAAAUGCAGUGCUUUAUUCAGAUACAACAUAAAACUCUUCUGAAACUGUGAAAAAAAAAUUUUUUUAUAAAAAAAAUGCAAUGCUUGGCAGAACAACAACAACAAAAGUCCAAAUACCAGAGUUUUUUUUAAUAUAGCCUCCAAAAAUCAUUCAAAUGCAUCACCAUUUCCACACACUGCUGGGAAUUAUUGUUUGUGGGUUUUAGAUUGUGUUUAAUUAAUAUUCAGACCUGUGUCAAUGUCAAUAUGUUUGUUUGUAGUGUAGACACUUUUGAUUCUUUCUUGUCAUAAAUCAUAAUCCAUGUAUAAUACAUGAAUAAAAUCAUACAUUGUUAGUAAAGUAUGUUGCUUGCAUGACUUAGCAUGUUUAAGGGAAAUCUUAAGUCUGAUCAGCUAGAAAAGAUGUAGCAGCCCGAGUCAGACCAGUCUAAAGAACUGACCAAAGUUUGGUGGUUGUAGCUUGAAACUCUAGGAGAUACAUUUUAAAAUUUAGUCAUAAUCCCAAUUCUAUUUUAUACCCACACACUGAUCGAUCUGAUGGUGAUGAUCCGCUUCAAGUCGAACAAGUCUAAUGAUUCAAUGGACCAUUCAUAAAGAACCAUUUACUUCACUCCUGAAUGAAUCAGCCAUUUGAACGAAUCAAAUGAAUAAAUGUCUCAAUGAUUCAAUCAUUAAGACAUUUACCACCACCACCUACUGGCAUUUUUAGUUUAUUAUUUAGAGUAUAAUUUCAUUAAAGGGGACCUAUUAUGCCCCUUUUUACAAGAUGUAAAAUAAGUCUCUGAUGUCCCCAGAGUGUAUGUGUUAAGUUUUAGCUCAAUAUACCCCACAGAUAAAUUUUUAUAGCUUGUUAAAAUUGCCACUUUUAGGGUAUGAGACAAAACGUGCUGAAUUUGAGUAUGUUGCUUUAAAUGCGAAUGAGCUGUUGCUCCCGGAGAAGAGGGCAGAGCUUCAAAAGCACAAGCUCAGGCAUUAGCAGUGCUAGCCUUUGCAAAUAAACAUUCCACUAUUAGUACAAACCUGUUAUCUUUACAGAAAACAUACUCUGUUUCUAAGUCAGUCAUCUGAUUAUACUGUGCAUAAUAAAUUCAUGUUUAUGAAUUACACACACGGGGAGCACGGUGGGAUAAAAAUAACAACAUAGCUGGUCUCAUGCAAUCACAAACUUUAUAAGUCCCACUUAUGAUUAUGAGCUCGACAACUUCAAUCGAUCGGCUCGCAUUGUUUUCAUAUGCAACUUUUAACUACCACAUUGCUAUUCACGAUCAUUCUGAUAGCACUUGAAGGCAGCAUCAGUGAAAACACACUGAGACAAUGAUAGCUUUAGCAAUUACCCUUACAGAGUGCCAAGAAGCUCUUUCAGAAAGGCAAUUUGGAAAACAAACGUGUGAUACUUGCUUUGUCUGGAGCUGACGUUCGCGCACGAAACGUUGGAAUUGAUUCCUAAACAUUUAGGGGACGUUACCGAUUUUUUCCGGGAUAUUUCCUUCGAAAAUGAAAUUUAACCACAGUGUCUUCGGCUCAGAUGACGGAAGAUUAUUGCGACUUCUAUGUUCAUUAGUGCACCCCAAAACACAACACUUGUAAAGCCUCUUUGGUGCUGACAUUGUAUAUAACUCCAGUAAUGGCGGACCGCAGCUUCUCACUCAGUGCUGCUGUGUUACUGCUAAUAGGACAGAGAGCGUCACAAUCCAAUUGAUGCCGAAUUGCAGCUAAUUUGAAAGUGAAAGUAAAACACGCACGGAUCAUUUACAAGCUAUUUAAAACCGAAGGAAAGCGAGGAAAAGAGGGAAAACUCAAACGA